AUGACAGGUUUAGAUAAUAUUAAACGAAUUAUUGUUGUUUUAUCCGGCAAAGGUGGAGUUGGUAAAUCAACAGUAGCAACCGAACUUGCUUUAUCACUUUAUACAAAUGGUAAUAAUGUUGGUCUAUUAGAUGUUGAUCUAUGUGGACCAUCAAUUCCGAGAAUGUUUGGUGUAGAUAAAAAUUCUAAAUCAAGUACUGUUUAUGAAACACCCGAAGGCAUGACACCAAUUGAAAUAUUCUCGUCAGCGAAUGAAAAAUCAAAAUUUAAAUUAAUGUCAAUGGCAUUAUUAUUAGACGAUAUAAAUGAUGCUAUUAUUUGGCGUGGACCAAGAAAAAUGGCUAUGAUUCAACGUUUAUUAACCGGUGUUAAAUGGGGUGAACUUGAUUAUCUUAUCAUCGAUACACCACCCGGUACAUCCGAUGAACAUAUAACAGUUAUGAAUGUUCUUAAACAACAUGAACAUGCAAAAGAUUUUUUACGUACAAUUCUUGUAACAACACCGCAAAUGUUAUCAAUAAAUGAUGUUCGACGUGAAAUAACAUUUUGUCAAAAAACAUCGUUUCAUAUUAUUGGUUUAAUUGAGAAUAUGAGUGGUUAUGUAUGUCCACAUUGUAGUGAAUGUACAAAUAUAUUUGCUCAAGGUGGUGGACAUUUAUUGGCUGAGCAAUAUUCGAUUCCAUUUUUAGGUCAAUUACCAAUUGAUCAUGAAUUAAAUAAAAUACUUGAUCAAGGUAUUCAACAGGUUGAAAAUGGUUUACAAAAAAUUAAUGAAACUGAAGCAAUGAAAUUGUUUAAAAAUAUACUUAAUGAAAUUCUUGAUCAUUGGCAAUAA